GUCUCAUUCCCGUUUCAUCUCCGCCGCCGUAUCACCACCGUGUUGUCGCCUUUUGCCAUCGUCAAGUGAGAAAAUGGGGGACAAGAGGAAGAAGACGUUCAUGUUCAUCCGUCUUGUCUCAGCUGCUGGAACUGGUUUCUUCUAUGUCAAGAGGAAGAGUACCAAGGGACUUCUUGAGAAGCUCGAGUUCCGUAAGUACGAUCCUCGAGUCAACCGUCAUGUCCUCUUCACUGAGCAGAAGAUGAAGUGACGGAUACUCGAUUCUUUUCUGUGUCUCAUUACAUUCCAAGACCUCAGAUCAAGCUCUCUGCAACUAGUUGUAGUUACUUCUUUAUCAAUCAAAUAACUUCUCAAGUUAAGUUGAGGUUUAGACUUUGUAAGUUUCAGUUUGAGCAUUCUUAAAAAGAAAGACAUUCAUUACUCAGGCUGUAUCAUAAAUCAAGAUCAACUAUGUGUACUGCAUCAACAACGUUCUGUCAGAG